CACGAUGUCUAAGCCAAAGGCUUCGUCGAAAUACCCAGUGGUUAUGACCAUUGCUGGGACGGACCCGAGCGGUGGUGCAGGAAUUCAGGCAGACCUAAAGACCUUCACUGCGUUGCAAUGCUAUGGGACGAGCGUAGCUACUGCUUUGACAGCCCAGAAUACCACCGGAGUACAAGGAGUAUUCCCCGUUCCUCCGGAUUUCAUCGAGAAGCAGUUAACUUCGGUUCUAACGGACACUGGCGUUGCUGCAUUUAAGACCGGAAUGCUUUAUGAUGCCGCAAAUGCUCGGGCUGUCGCAAGGUGCUUAAGAGAAUUGUACAAAGAAAAGCCCGUUCCGCCUCUUGUUAUCGAUCCGGUCUGCGUCUCAACAUCUGGACACACCCUAUUGGAAGCAGAGGCUGUUGCAGUGUUAGCAAAGGAGCUCUUCCCACUCGCAACAUUAGUUACCCCGAACAAGGCAGAGGCUGAGUUAUUGCUUAAAGAAUUAUCUACGGACGAGCAGAAGGCGAUAUCAUCGAUCGAUGAUGCCUUAGACGCGGCUUCGAGCUUGGCAAAACUCGGUUCGUGCGACGUUCUGUUGAAGGGUGGACAUUUCACCGUAAUGGCUGGUGAUAUAAGCUCUUUCGUUGCAAGUCACGAAACGGAUAACCGUGUUAGGGUGAUAUGGGAAGGCAUUGACGAGAACAUGGAGAUACUACAAACGAAGCCCGUUAAUGCAGAUGCAUCACUUGUGAUUGACAUUCUAUACGAGCGCGAAGGAAAUGUGACUACUGUUUUCGCUCGACCGCGAAUCGACUCUACGAGCACGCAUGGUACGGGCUGCACGCUUAGCUCUGCUAUCGCCUGCUAUCUUGCACGAGGAAAUAGUGUUAUGGAAGCUGUCCGCCUUGCAUCGGAGUACACGCACGCCGGGAUCAAAACUGCGUUUUCAUUUGGGAAGGGUAACGGCCCACUGAACCAUAUGCAUGCAUUUUUACCGAGAGUUGUUCCUCCGCCGACAAAGGAAGAUCCAUACCCAUUUACGCGUGCACUCAUUCGGUCAAAUGCGUCCGUCUGGAAGCAGUACGUCGAGCACCCAUUCGUCAAGCAACUCGGGGAAGGAACUCUCCGUCGUGAGAGCUUCCUGCAUUUCGUCAAGCAAGACUAUCAGUACCUCAAAUAUUACGCGCGUGCCUACGGUCUGCUUGUAGCCAAGUCUCGCCGCUUCGCUGACAUCAAACCCGCAACUGACACAAUUGUCAAUGUAUUAAAUGAAGUGACUAUGCACAAGUCAUAUUGCGCGGCAGAACUCGGCAUUACCGAGAUCGAGCUUGAAAGUACUCCAGAAUCUCCGGCAACGACAGCAUAUGGAGCAUUUCUACUCGAUUCAGGUUUGCGUGGCGAUGAGACGCACUUGAUAGUAACGCUCGCUGCGUGCUUAUUAGGCUACGGUGAAGUCGGUCUGUGGUUAAAAAGCCAAGCACAAAAACCGAACCCAUGGGUCAAAUGGGAAGGAAAUCCAUAUCUGAGGUGGAUCGAAGAUUACUCCGGCGUCCGUUACCAAAAUGCUGUACGUUCUGGCCUAGAUAUUCUUGAAUUGGCUGCGCGAGAAGAUCCUCCUUCGCCAAAGCGUUUCGAGCAGUGGAGAGAGGUAUGGGGAAAGUGUACGAUGCUCGAAAAGCAAUUUUGGGAUAUGGCGAUGGAAUUAUCGUAGACCUUGAACAUAUAAAUAAAAAUGAGUGAGUGAUGUCCGUACAUGUACACAAUAGAUUACGGUGAAUACUAGUUACCCGA